GCGCGGGCCCUGAACAAGCACCGCAUGGAGCGGGACGAACGGCCGCCUAGCGGAGGGGGAGGCGGCGGGAGCUCGGCGGGGUUCCUGGAGCCGCCUGCCGCGCUCCCUCCGCCGCCGCGCAACGGUUUCUGUCAGGGUGAAUUGGCCGAGCUCGAUCCAGGCACUAAUGGGGAAACUGACAGCUUAACCCUUGGCCAAGGUCACACACCUGUUUCUGUUCCAGAUGAUCGGGCAGAGCAGCGAACCUGUCUUAUUUGUGGGGACCGUGCUACAGGCUUGCACUAUGGGAUUAUCUCCUGUGAGGGCUGCAAGGGGUUUUUCAAGAGGAGCAUUUGCAACAAACGGGUAUAUCGUUGUAGUCGUGACAAGAAUUGUGUCAUGUCUCGGAAGCAGAGGAACAGGUGCCAGUACUGCCGCCUACUCAAGUGUCUCCAGAUGGGCAUGAACCGGAAGGCUAUCAGAGAAGAUGGCAUGCCUGGAGGUCGAAAUAAGAGCAUUGGACCAGUCCAGAUAUCAGAAGAAGAGAUUGAAAGGAUCAUGUCUGGGCAGGAAUUUGAAGAAGAAGCCAAUCACUGGAGCAACCAUGGUGAUAGCGACCACAGUUCCCCUGGGAACAGGGCCUCAGAGAGCAAUCAACCCUCUCCUGGCUCUACACUGUCAUCCAGGUCUGUGGAAUUAAAUGGAUUCAUGACAUUCAGAGAUCAGUACAUGGGGAUGUCGGUGCCUCCACAUUACCAAUACAUACCACACCUUUUUAGCUAUUCUGGCCAUUCGCCACUUCUGCCCCCACAAGCUCGCAGCCUGGAUCCUCAGUCCUACAGUCUGAUUCACCAGCUAAUAUCAGCUGAAGACCUGGAGCCAUUGGGCACACCAAUGUUGAUUGAAGAUGGAUAUGCUGUGACACAGGCAGAGCUGUUUGCUCUGCUUUGCCGCCUUGCCGACGAGCUGCUCUUCAGGCAGAUUGCCUGGAUCAAGAAGCUGCCUUUCUUCUGCGAGCUCUCAAUCAAGGAUUAUACGUGCCUCUUGAGCUCUACAUGGCAGGAGUUAAUCCUGCUUUCAUCCCUCACAGUUUACAGCAAGCAAAUCUUUGGGGAGCUGGCUGAUGUCACUGCCAAGUACUCACCUUCUGAUGAAGAACUACACAGAUUUAGUGAUGAAGGGAUGGAGGUGAUUGAACGGCUUAUCUACCUGUAUCACAAGUUCCAUCAGCUAAAGGUCAGCAAUGAGGAGUAUGCAUGCAUGAAAGCAAUUAACUUCCUAAAUCAAGAUAUCAGGGGUCUGACCAGUGCCUCACAGUUGGAACAGCUGAACAAGCGAUAUUGGUACAUUUGCCAGGAUUUCACUGAAUAUAAGUAUACACAUCAGCCAAACCGCUUUCCUGAUCUCAUGAUGUGCUUACCGGAAAUUCGAUAUAUUGCAGGAAAGAUGGUGAAUGUGCCCCUGGAGCAGCUGCCCCUCCUCUUUAAGGUGGUGCUGCAUUCCUGCAAAACAAGUGUAGUCAAGGAAUGACCUGUUUCCUGCACCCUCCUCAGGCUGGCCACAGUGCCUUGAGUAGGCAGGACAGGCUCCAGAGGAAAAAGCCAGAGUGACCAAGAUGGAGGCUGCCUCCAUAGCAAGAAGAAUUAUGUUUGUUUGUCUGUUUUUUUAAUCUCAUUUUUCUAUAUAUUUAUUUCACGACAGAGUUGAAUGUAUGGCCUUCAACACGAUGCACAUGAUUUUGUGUGAAUGCAGCAGAUGCAUUUCCUUGCAGUUUACAGAAUGUGAAGAUGUUUAAUGUUACAGUGUUGUCAUUGUUUAGAGAUAGCUCUUUUGUAUUUUGAGGGAGAGGGUGGGAUGGCCUGAGAUGACUAUUUCCAUAAUGUUGACAAAGACAACUACCUCAAUGGAAACAGGGGUGUGACCAUCCCUACUUUUUCCACAUUUUCUCAGCAGACUUACACACUUGUCUGUCAGAGAGCAAACUGCCUUUUUCUAGCCACAGACUUGUCAGGUGAGAGUACACCAAAGGGGCAGUGGUGUAGGGCAAGGUACUAAGUGGGGUGGGUGAGGUGUUUGGAACUGGACAGGAGAUGAGGGCUAGCUAUCAUCUCUCUCUUUCAGAAAGCUUGAAAGUUGAAAGUAGUGCACAGUGGCCAAGUCUAAGCAGGCACCCUCCCAUCCCACAAGUCCUAGGGGCAGAAGGGCUUCUGUUCUCCUCCUGUGCUGUGUCCCUGCCACCACACACCACUGCCACUGUCGGCAUCUCUCCACGCAAAGUCCUGACAGUGAGUCGACACACCUUGCUCCUUGGGACUUACAGUUACCUAGUUCCCUGACCCCGAUUACUAAGGCCUACCUUCCUCAGACUUCUUCCCUCUCCUUUCCCUAAUAAAUUUGACUUCCUAUCAUUCCUUUGGGAAACUGACACAAAAUGCCAUAUUCUAAAUUGUAGUGCCCACUUCUGAUUUAUUUUCCUUUCACUUGUUUUCCUCUAAGAGCAGAGAAACAAGGCUAAGCUGCUUAAAGAAUGAGUAUACCUCCUUUGGAUACCUCAGUUCUGAGCCUUUUCCACCCCCACGGUGGAAAGAACCAUUUACCCAUCUGCUGACCAGAGAUUUUGUUCCUAAAUUCUGUUCUAAGUUCUCCUAAUGUCUCCAAAAUGAGUUUGGAUUUGCCAGGGUUCUAGAACAGAAAGCCCAAGCCUCAGUAUCAUCAGUGUAUCAUCAGUGGCCUGGCCAACCAAGGGCUGGAGCCAGAAGGAUCUGGAAGGGAAUGGGGCUUUAAACUACCUCAUGUUCCUAAGGGCCUGGCUGCUGCCUCUGCAGGUAAAGCCUGGACCCCUUGUUCUUUUCGCUACCUGCCCCAUUUAGUUCCAGAAAGAGGACCUGACCCUCCAGACUUGAGCCAGAGAUAUACUAGGCUUCUCUUGGAGCUGCUUCUGGUGCUUUUCCCUUCUCUGCCCACACCAGGCACCUUCUGCAUCCAGUACGCCAGAUAAGACACUCUUAGCUGGGUGCACCCCUGGGUGAACUUGAGGGGCCCACUACAAUAGCUCCUUCAGCCUGUUUGGUCAAAGGCUGUUUAUUCUCCCCUAACUGAGCCUAGUUAACCUACCUAGGGGUCUACCACAUAAUUUGCAUACUGGAUAAUCUCUACUUGUGAUUUUUUUUCUUUCCAUUGAAAUGUUAUAGGGACCAGCAAAGUGAUGAUUUUCUUUCUGGGUGGAUCUAAAAUUCAGAGCAUUACUCCUCAGUGUUAUUUCCCCAGAUGCUCUGAGAAAGGAAGGAAGGAAGGUUGGUUGGUCCUUAGGGAAAAGUGCCAGCUAGCAUGUUUUUUUCAUAUAUGUCACAGGGAAGAUGUGUCUAUAUGUGUUUAUGUGUCUAUUUCUAAGUUCACAAUAUUUUUCUUGUUAUGCCUGAAUUAUUUAACCACUGCUACAGGUCAGGUUUUGAGCUCCUUUCUUCAAGAUAGGUGAGGAGACACAGAGACUCCCUCUCUAAGAGAGAGCCUGUAUGCACCCAUCUUUCUUUGGUUAGAUUUACAUUUAUCAAAUUACUAUUUUUUGAAGUUUCUUUUCAAAUUAGCAUUUUACCCAUUGUGUUGGGUGUCAAAGGAAAUGCUCUCUGAUGAGACAAGAAUAUGUCUGUCCAAUAAUGUAGUAUUAAACAGAGCAAGUUGUUAAUUUGUGGAGUGGGGGAAAGGUUCUGCAAGUUGCCAUUGUACAAAUCCAUUUUUACAAAUGUUUGCAGCAGAUUCCACAGAACAAAGAGCCCAUUCAUUGCCGAGAGCCCUGCAGAAUCUCUGAGCCAAGUGGCUAUGUGUUCCGAGCCAGAGCCUGACCUGUGGACUGCCUUUAGUGUCUUCUGCACCCAGUCCUUUUAUGACACGGGCUUCUUUUAAACAGGGUAAAGUGAAUGCAUUGCAUUGCAAACUCAGGUAUUAUGAGAAGAAGGUAGGAGUGUAGCUAGCAGCGUGGAGACAUUAGGUCAGCCACUAGAUGUAUUUGUGAUUUUGGUUUGAAGGACACAGAGAAAGGUUGGAGGAGGAGGUUUGGUAUGCUUGUUUUUUGCCUUUUUUCCCAUAAUGUUUGGUUAACAGGCAGCCUUUUUGCUAGUGGAAGAAGAAAAAAGUUGUGUCUGUUGUCUGAUUCCUCUCUCUUCUGCCCUCUCUCUGAUCUCAGUCACCAAAAGCACUAACUUGGAAUGAAAAAUCAUCCACCAUAAAAAUAUAGCUGUGAAAGCUGUAUGGAAAAAGAGACUCCUGCCUCCUUGCACUGUAUUGAAACAUACAAGCUUUCCUCUCCUUUCCUUGUGAACACUUUCUUAAUCCAAGACAAAAAAAAAAAAAAAGUCUGGCAUCUUGGACUCAUCUGUAGUCCAUGCUCUGUGGAUCCCUUGUAGACAGGUUUUUUUGUUGUUAUUGCUGUUUUUGCCCUUAGUCUGAAAAAGUUUCCUAGAACCUGCCUCAAAGCAUUCCUCCUGGCGCAGAGGACACCCAGUCCCCCGCCCUUAACCUGCAAGUGAGGUGGGCAAACCUCCAGGGAGAAAAAGAAGCAGAUACCCAGAGCCAGAGCAGAGAUAGGGAAGUCACCCACUCCAUACCACCCUGCCUCUGACCUGCCCCCACUACUCAGGGAAGUGAGUGUCUGCCAUGGUCAGUGGCAUCAGACUCUUAAACCCUAGCCUCGCUGGGCAGCUGCCCUACUCUGCCACCCCAUUCUCCAUUCCCUGGAAAAUGGGACAGACGAAGUCAGGUAGCAUCCAAGCUGUGACCAACAUUAGCCAGGAUAAAGGGAUCCUGGCUUCCCAGUAAGGAGGAAAUUGAGCAGUGGCUCCAAGUCUGCAGCUUUGAGUCCCCGGUCUGUGUGUUUUUCCUUGUUACAUUUAAGUGUUUUGCAAUUGUUUAAAGAAAUCCAGUCCUUCAGACCAUCCCUUCUAUUAAACUUCAAGUUUUUAUGAUUUUUUUUAAGUUGAAAAACUAAAAACAAAGCAAAAAAAAAAAAAAAAAAAACCCUUACUACUUUUACUCCCCCAUCUUGAUCCAGAAGAGUACUCAUAUGCCCUCUGUCUCGGCCGGGAUUAUCCUCCCUUUUUCCUUGUCUGGAAGCAUCUAUGCCCAAUGUUCAUGAAAUAAUGUUUUUAUCUGUGUCUCAGGAUCAAAAACGGCAAUCAUCCCACCAGGUGCUGGAAACUGGUUAGCCUUGAGGCCAGCGCUUCUGGGGCCACAGCUCAGGGAUGUGUAUUUAAUUACAGGGUCCCCAGAAGCCCCUCUCUUGGCUGCCACAAGUAACGUCUUUUCUGGGCUUGAGAGCCAGACCUGCACUAUUUCCUCAGAGACAGCCUCAGCCCCAAGGUUUGCUAAGUCUGGGAGCAAGCUGGGACUGUCUCUUUGGCCAGGCCUAGCUCCCUUAAGACUUUCCAGAGGCCCUGCCUCUGCCAGUUCAUGAACCCUUCUGUCCAAUACUGUCUGGUCCCUCCUUUGGGCCUGCAGCCCUGAAUGGGUCCUCAUUCACAGAUCAGCUGUAUGCACAUUCGGAGGAAGUCCAUGGUCUGUUCUAAGCCCAAGAAAAUGUGCUACUGAUGGAGGCCAGUCUUCCAGAUCCUGAAGCCAGUCCUGCCGGCCAAAGGGUCCUCUUGCCCUUUGAUGACUGUUUCCUUUGCUGAAAUGUCUUGUAAUAGGUGAUAAUAUUGUUGACUCUAAUUUCCAUGAAAAAAAAAAAAAAAACUACCUCUUGAGUGACAGACAUCCUGGUCGAUUCCUCUGAGGAGUUCUGUGGGAAAAGAAUACUGUAGCUGCUACGCUGUUUACAUGUUUCUAUCGGGAGGCAAGCCCUGGGCUGUGGGUGUUUGUGUCUGUGUUGCCAUCUCAGGCCUGCGAUAGGGGCAGUGGCUGCAUUGUCGUGUCUGGGCUAUGUCUGGAAAGUACUUCCAACUGCCCAGUUAGAGACAAGCCACCCCCUGGAAGAGGCCUCUACCUGCUUCCUAUACUCAUAACAUAGGGAAUACCACCUCACACAAACACCAUCUUUGGGGGCUCUGAUGGCAAAGGCUCACCCUAGGCUACCUCCCCAGUCCUCUCCCACCCACAGCCCUGUGUAGGGAUUGAGUGAACAGGAUGUCUCUGAGCCCUUGUUCCCAAAGGGCCGGCCAAGGGCUGCCUGCCAGCCUGGCUCCAUCAACCCUGCAUGACCAAAUGAUAGUUGGCGGGCUCUGCAGGCUACUCAGGCCCUCUGCUACCUCCCACACUUGCCUGCUGGCAAGGGGUGGGCCUUGUUCUAUGAUUUGACUACCUGUGGAAAUGUGAUCAAUUAGUGUGAAAUGCAUGUUUAGCAAAUGUUAGGUACUGUAUUUGAACCAAUAAAUGUGAAUCCUUCUGCACA